AUGUCCUCCUCGAGUUCGAGACCAGAUCUGGUGCGACAGAAUACGGCAGAUAUCGCCGAGCGGGACUACUUCUCAGAGAACCCCGCACCCGCCGCCCUCGACAAGCAUACAGCAUUAGCAAAACAAUUCAUCGACUUCCAUGCAGCUGCUGGCAGACGUGUGGUCUUGGUGACAUCCGGUGGCACAACCGUUCCUCUCGAGAGGCAAACCGUACGAUUCAUCGACAAUUUCAGUGCUGGAACCAGAGGUGCAACAUCAGCUGAGUAUUUUUUGGAGACCGGGUAUGCGGUCAUAUUCCUGCACAGGCAAUUCAGUCUACUGCCAUAUUCUCGCCACUACAGCCAUGCGACGGAUUGUUUUCUCGAUUUCUUGCACGAAGGACCCGAUGGGAGUGUGGUAGCCAAUGAGGAAUACCGCGAGAAGAUGCUCACGGUGCUGCGAAAGUAUAACGAUGCUAAGAACAAGAACCUACUCCUUACUCUCCCUUUCACGACAAUUACCGAUUACCUCUUCGUCCUCCGUGCAAUUGCACAGCUCAUGCGACCUCUAGGUCCCAGUGGCCUCCUCUACCUCGCAGCAGCAGUAUCCGACUUCUUCGUUCCUCCAGAACGGAUGCAAGAGCAUAAAAUCCAAUCUACAAACGCGACAGAUACGCAAGCAGAGAAAGAUGCAGAGGCACAAAAACAAAACGAAGAAGAGGAGGCUUUCGAUAAUUUCGACUCUUCUCCUGCAGUCCCACGAAGCAAACGAUUAAUAGUUGAUCUCGACCCUGUACCGAAAUUCCUCAAGAACCUAGUAGAUGGCUGGGCACCGGAAGGCAUGAUCGUAUCAUUCAAGCUAGAAACCGAUCCCGAGAUCCUGGUUCACAAAGCACAAUACUCUCUAGACAGAUACCAACAUCAUCUUGUGAUUGGCAACCUAUUGUCCACCAGAAAAUGGGAAGUAGUAUUCGUAGCACCGGGACAAAAAGACCAGUGGAUCCGCGUACCGCGAAGCAGGCGGAAGAAAACAAUCAGCGGAGUAGAGAACAUGGUCGGUGUUGCAGCCAGCGGUGGUGAAAUUGGCGAGAAGCCUCUCGAUCCGAAGGAUUUGCCGGAAGGGGAACCGGAGAUGGAGAUUGAGAGUCUGAUUAUCCCUGCUGUGGAGCAGAUGCAUACAGCUCAUAUGGAGAAGUCGAGAAGUAAAGCCGCAGCAUAG